CACACACACACACACACACACAACAUAAACACACACACUUUUUUAUGAAUGGGAUGACGUCAUUAACAUCCCCUCCCCCACCGCUGCGGGAAAAACCUCACGAUCAGAGAGACACGCAUCAUCUUCCUCUUCAUCAGUGAACGUCAGAGACACACGCAUCAUCUUCCUCUUCCUCUUCAUCAGUGAGCGUCAUCAUAAGCUCCAGCUGAGCGCACUCCCUCCGGUCCUGGAUAAUUCCUGACAACACUGCGAUCAUCACUACAACCACAGGGACCGGCUAGUCACUGGAGUGCAGCGAGAUAAAGGUUUACAUUGCUGAACUGUUCACGUGUGGAGCGUCACCGACUAGUACCUGGAAGAGCUGGACGACAGGGUGGCAUCAUGGCUCUAAUUACUGGAUGGUACCAGUCUAAUGCCUGGAUAGGAGCGGACUGACUCAGCCUGUGGGGACAGUGUUCUUCCUGAACAUCAUCCUCAUUAAAUGAGUCCGUGCCGGGGCCUGGGAUCUGGCUAACACCUGGCAGAUCCUCACCUCCACAGUGCCCUCGGACCUGGUCAUUUGGUGAAGCCUCCCCCAGGGACCAGGGUAAUCUCUGGAUCCGAGUCUCUGGCAUGUUCUGUUUCUGCCUGCAGAGCUCCCUGCUGAAGCUCCAGGGACCGGAGGUGGAGGGGGGGCCCUCGCGGGGUCCGUCCCCAGAGGAGAGCCCCCCUGCCCUGGGCAGCAAGGGGCAGAGGAGCCCCUGUGGGCCCGCGGAGCUCCGAGGGAAGGAGGAGAAGACCCGGGUCCUGUGUCACGGUGUCCCCCCCGAGGACAGCCGACAGACAGAGCUGCUCCCGGUCCUGGGCAGAACCCCCCAGUCCCCCAGACUCCAGCCCAGCCAGCAGCCCCUGACCCCCGAUGGAGCGCUGCCCCCCGCUCCUCCCCGCUCCCCCUACUCCCCCCGGAGGAGCAGCCCCAGAUGUGAGGGGGUGGGAGAAGGUGGGGGAGGAGAAGGAGGGGCUCUGCUCCAGCUGCUGGCGGGGGGGCCCAGCCCCCUCCCCUCCCCAAGAUGCCUGAGCAGCCUGAGGUUCAACUGUGACACGGACACGCCUCCAUCCCCCCCCUGCAGCCAGCAGUACAGACUGUCUCGGGGUCGGGGGGACAGGACGGAGGCAUUGGAGGACGACUGCCCCCCCGCCAUCCCCCUCCUCACCAGACAGAUUCAGACGCUGAAGAAGAAAGUUCGAAAAUUUGAGGAUCAGUUUGAGCAGGAGAUGAACUACAAGCCGUCGCACAACGACAAAUAUUCAAACCCAGAGAUGAUCCGAGUGAUGAGCGAGCUGGCCCAGGCCCGGAAGCAGCUGAAAGAGCGCAGACUCAGGCAGUCGGUGUUUGAGUCCACGGAGCCGGACGGGUCCGAGAACAUCUGCAGGUCCAGCUCCGGGCAGCAGGGGGCGACAGAGCACAAACCAACUCAGGAGGAAACAGUGGAGUCUCUGUUCAGACGUCUGCGAGAGAAGAGACACGAGCUGGGUCUGCCCGACAACAUGAAGGAGAUGACCCAGGCUCAGAUGGUGCUGGAGAAGAUCACGCUGCAGAAAUGUCUUCUGUACUUUGAGAGUCUUCAUGGUCGACCAGGAACCAAUCAGGAGAGGAACCUGGUGAAGCCUCUGUACGACAGAUACCAGAUGAUCAAACGUUCACUGUGCGCCAGCCCCAUCACCACCAUCGAGGAAGAGGACGGAUCUGAUGAAGACUCCAUGAGCUCAGUGACGGUGGUGGAACGUCCUGUCCUCCGUCCUCUCAGAGCAGCCCGUCCUCCAGCCGGGGAGGAGGACAGCGACAGGGACAGCGACCCGGCCUUCGUGUCCCCGAUAGACGAAGUGAAAGCCGUCCGUCCACAAGCGGCGGUCACCACGUCCAACCUGCACGAAGCCUCCAGGUCUCAGCUGCGUCAGAGUCUGCGGGAGACGAGAGCCGAGAAGAAGACGAGGCGUAAAGCUCUGAGAGUGUUCGAGGACCAGUUCCACCGUCAGACCGGGAGAAUCUGCCAGAAAGAGGAUCGCACCCCCAUGAGAGAAGAAUACCAGGAGUACAAACAGCUGAAAGCUAAACUGCGGCUGCUGGAAGUUCUGCUCAGCAAACAGGACGUCAGCAGACCCAUGUGAGAGAGGACGGAUGUGCCGUCAAUCAUCACGAUCAGAUCCCAACGUGUUUGACAGCUGAACGUUCGGGGACGUCUGGAGCUCGGUCCGUCUUCCUCCAGGAACCGACUGGGCGCGGCCUCCUCUUCAGACGGGACAUUUAGAGAAAGUGUAAAUAGAGUUUUCUAGAGCAGUGGUCUCUGUUGUGUCUGCUCCAGUGUGAACCAGCGUCCUUCAGGAUCGGUUCACAUGAAUUAUUGUGAAACUGCCUUUAUUCCAUUCAGUAACUGAAAUUUAUUCUCUGUGUGAUUUUCGCCUUUGAUUUAAGGGACCAAACAUUUUUAUAGAGACUAAACAAGUUUUCAGACUGGAGGCACUUUAAGGAGAAUACUUCAUUAGGAAGGUAGAAGAAGGACAGAACAAAGAAGAAGAAGAAGAAGAAGAAGGUCGGGCUGACGCUGUGCUAGCUGUAACAAACUGAACCCUCAGGUAGUGAGCUGGUCACAGCAGCAGGAGGUCGAUGGAGGGAUGGAGCUCGUGGCCGCUGGGCCGAGCAGAGAAGUAGAAGAACAGUAGACGGCGGCUGGCACCUUGACGCUGGUGGCCACCUGCCAAUAAACCAAACAAAGAAGAAGGACAAGAAGAAGAAAGAGAAAUAGAGCAGUAGGUGGCGGUAAUCCACCUUGACGUUGAACAAUGAAGAAGAAGAAGAACGUCUGAGAGUCGAGAACAAAGUUAUUUGAUCUAAAAUCUCAUGAGGUCACGAAGUCUGUUCGACUCGUACUUUGCUCGAUUACAUUUGUAAAUCUACAUCUUCCUAAUAACUUAACUGAGGAAAUUCUUUGAUGUUCAAAGGCUCCAGAUCCAGUGUUAAUCUCAUGGAGAGCUGGGCCCUGGUUUCACAAAGGUAAACGUGACAAACCAAACAACGUCCCAGUUCACAUCUGGAACAGCUGCUGAUGUUCAGUGAAAUCUCAACUGGAAAACUUUGAGGAUGAAGAUGCAAUUUACAAAUUAUUGUCCAUAAACUAUAUGUGAAGAAAAUAUAUCACAGCACUUUGUUAAGAGAAUUUA